AUGAGCAGCUCGAAGCGGAGAAGCUUAUUUAAGGGCCUUUUUGGUCGUAAAGGAGCCUCUCAACCUUCGGGUACAGUCUCUGACAGUGUAAGCACAGCUGCUGCGGCAUCGACCCUUGACGGCGCUGGUGCCUCUACAGCAGCAUCUGCCGCGAGUGCUAAUGCUUCUGGAUUGGAGAAUAGUGCUGCGGCACUUCGCAAUAUUGAAAAGGCCUCACAGGAACUCCAUACAUACUUUCAAGAGGAGGGUCACUCAGAUGCGAGUCUCUCUUCUCUGGUUCUUAGACGAAGUCGAUGGGUGGAAAAAGUCCAAGCCUACUCCAACUCUUCCUUUGAUGGUUGUCAAUUAAGUGAAGUUCCAUUGGACAUAUUCCAGCAUCGCCUGAUAAAACUGGCAGCCCUGGGCGCCACCAAGGUUUACGCGAAACCCGGAUCCGAAAAUCUGUUUUUCGGUGAUUUCAAGGCCAUCGGUGAGCCAUUGAUGAUCCAUGCCGACCGGUUCACUGGUUCGGUCAAAGCCGUUACCGUACAGCAGUAUGCCACAAAUGAAUUCAACGAUAGCUCUGGCAACGUGCUUGUAGUAGCGAUUCGCGGGAGCGUUACCACGCACGAUUGGAUGAUCAAUCUGAACGACGGACUUGGAGCUCCUGUUGCGGAUUCUUUCAUGGUCAGUAUAGUCAUUCCAUGUGUGGUGUAA